AUGAUUCUUGUGGGAACUUUCCUCACCGUUGGUCUGACUUGGUUGUUCCAAGCGGCCUUUUUUCGACGUAGGUUGAUUCUCAACGGCAAACUCAGCGCCUUGGAGAAAGACAAAGACUUUAUAGGGAGACCACUACUGUUUCCAACCAAGCUUUCUCACUCGCGCAUGUUUCCUGAACGGUACAACUAUACAUACGAUUACUUUCUUGUCGGCAUCCCUGUCAGUCUUCGUGGCAGAGUGGGCUCGGUGCUGUCAAUUGAUACCGCACAGCCUGCCCCGGAUGACCCAAAUAGGUCAACUAGGUCAACCAAGUGCUGGUUCAAAAUUGAUCAACGCCACUACCUGGAGCCUGGAAAUAGUGAAUCGGGGUUACAGGGCAAGUUGCAUCGCCACCUUUUGUCUCGGGGCGAGGAUCCUCAGCAGUGGCCAUACGCCUACAUGAUCAGCAUACCCAAGUUCCUUUGGUUUACCCGGAAUGCUGUAUCAUGGUGGCUACUCUAUAAUCCAUCACGCGAGCUUGAUGCUAUGGUUAUGGAAGUGAACAAUUCGUUCGGUGAACGAAAAGCUGCUUUCUUCAGGCUCAAUGCAGGUAGUGCUGAUGCGGAUGCCAAUCACAGUAUUAGCAUCGUCGAUUCAGUUCCGUUUCAGACCGCUAGCUGCCUACAGCACGCCAGAUUUGUUGGCUCAGCUUCCAAGUCCAAGAUUUACAAAGGAAACUGGGAUAAGGACUUUUUCCUUUCGCCAUUUGAGAAGGUAGAGGGGUAUUUUACGACUACGUGUAGCGACCCAUGUAAUCCCUUGUCAGGAACGAAGGGUCCACUGCAUAGUAACACGACGCUCUAUGCGCCCGAUGGCCGGCCCAAGAUUAUUAGUCGUCUGUACUCUUGGGGCGAACCACUUGACCCAUUGCAUGCAACGCCAUGGCAGCUGAUGCGAUUCAUAUGUCGGUGGGGCUACAUCGGCGCUCUUUCAAAGCAGCGCAUUAUCUAUGAGGCACUUCGUGUUCGCUUUCGUGGGAACCUCACCUAUCUCCGCAAACCGGAAGUGAAAAACCCGAACAUUCCGCGAGAAGAAACUCAUCUUGAACGCUCCUUGGAGAGAUUUUUCCGUCGUUUUCUUGCUCACGCCGUCGCCCACUGUCCCCAACCUUUGAAGGUGGUUUAUGAGCCUUCAAAAUCGCACUGGCACUUUCCUGAGAUUUUUUAUUCCCCUUCUACUGAGCUUGGCCCACAGGAAUCAGCUGCUCAAUCGGGACUGACCGUUCGUGUUCUAAGUCCGGCUUUCUAUACUCAAAUCCUUCAAUACACAGAGCCAUUUGCAGGGUUGGAAAAAGAGCUUAGCACUUUCUCACUAGUAGCAGAUUCGCAAUCCCAGUACCUGUGGACUUCUGAUGCUAGCCAGCUAAAAGACAUUUGUUCAUCCAAAAACGUUUUCCCUGAAACGAUUCCUACUUACAAGUCACGGAUGCAUCGAGUCAGACAGGCUGUGAUACACUUGUCCCGCAAGUCUCCUACUCCCACUUUCAUGGAUAGAUUUGUCUACUGCUAUCUGGAUCCAUAUCAGCAAAGUGACUAUCAGAUAGCUCUUAUCCGGUACCUUUUGGCAGAGCGAUUUACGUUCGGUUCUCAUACAUUGCUGCGUCUUUUGGAGCAUAUAGCGAUCAUCUUUGGCAUUUGGGUUUUGAUUCAUAUCGGUAGCUUGACUCUUCAGUCCUCUAGCUCUGUCUUACUGGGCAGGGCUCAGAUGGCCACAGGAAUCUGCGCUGUUCUCUUUGCAGGGGUUGUUCGCUUGAGGAACGCUUUGUAA